AUGAUCAUAAGAAAUAACGGUGUCGUCCGAGAAGUUAUUGGAUUGGGACUCAAGCCCUUACCCAAGAUUUUCAAGAAAGCAGGCGAAAGACAUUUCCAGGGGUCUCAUUUUGUAAUCCUAUUUGACUCCUCCAGUGCUGUCCAGCGUGAAAUUCUAAGAUCCCUGAAAAAUGAUCCAAGAGUUAUCAGAUCGUUUCUGACUAAAGUGGACGACUCCAAAAAUUACAACGCUGGCUCGUCAGUGACGAGAGCUAUCAAGGCUAUUAAAGAACAUGGGUACGAGAAAUCUAUUCCACUAUAG